AUGCAGAGACUGGAGCCCACAAUCUACAGAUCAGUAGUUAACACAUCCAUACAGAUAGAAAAUCUACAGAUCAGUAGUUACACAUCCAUACAGAUAGACAAUCUACAGAUCAGUAAUUACACAUCCAUACAGAUAGACAAUCUACAGAUCAAUAAUUACACAUCCAUACAGAUAGACAAUCUACAGAUCAGUAGUUACACAUCCAUACAGAUAGACAAUCUACAGAUCAGUAGUUACACAUCCAUACAGAUAGACAAUCUACAGAUCAAUAAUUACACAUCCAUACAGAUAGGCAAUCUACAGAUCAGUGGUUACACAUCCAUACAGAUAGACAAACUACAGAUCAGUAAUUACACAUCCAUACAGAUAGACAAUCUACAGAUCAGUGGUUACACAUCCAUACAGAUAGACAAUCUACAGAUCAGUAGUUACACAUCCAUACAGAUAGACAAUCUACCGAUACUAGUUAACACAUCCAUACAGAUAGACAAUCUACAGAUCAGUGGUUACACAUCCAUACAGAUAGACAAACUACAGAUCAGUAAUUACACAUCCAUACAGAUAGACAAUCUACAGAUCAAUAGUUACACAUCCAUACAGAUAGACAAUCUACAGAUCAGUAGUUACACAUCCAUACAGAUAGACAAUCUACCGAUACUAGUUAACACAUCCAUACAGAUAGACAAUCUACAGAUCAGUAAUUACACAUCCAUACAGAUAGACAAUCUACAGAUCAAUAGUUACACAUCCAUACAGAUAGACAAUCUACAGAUCAACAAUCUACAGAUCAGUGGUUACACAUCCAUACAGAUAGACAAUCUACAGAUCAGUAAUUACACAUCCAUACAGAUAGACAAUCUACAGAUCAGUGGUUACACAUCCAUACAGAUAGACAAUCUACAGAUCAGUAAUUACACAUCCAUACAGAUAGACAAUCUACAGAUCAGUAAUUACACAUCCAUACAGAUAGACAAUCUACAGAUCAGUGGUUACACAUCCAUACAGAUAGACAAUCUACAGAUCAAUAAUUACACAUCCAUACAGAUAGACAAUCUACAGAUCAUAAUUAACACAUCCAUACAGAUAGACAAUCUACAGAUCAGUGGUUACACAUCCAUACAGAUAGACAAUCUACAGAUCAGUAAUUACACAUCCAUACAGAUAGACAAUCUACAGAUCAGUGGUUACACAUCCAUACAGAUAGACAAUCUACAGAUCAGUAAUUACACAUCCAUACAGAUAGACAAUCUACAGAUCAGUAAUUACACAUCCAUACAGAUAGACAAUCUACAGAUCAGUGGUUACACAUCCAUACAGAUAGACAAUCUACAGAUCAAUAAUUACACAUCCAUACAGAUAGACAAUCUACAGAUCACACAACAAAGUAUUCGAAAACCCGGAAAUAUUAAUCUGCAUUUCCGGGAAAUAAAACACUAUACUGAAAAGCACAACAUAAAUGCUUACAACAUGGCAACGAUCGGGGAGAGGUUUAUUUUUCUAAACGUAUUGUGGAUUGUCUUUGUGGCGGGAUUUUCUUGGACAUUCAUACAAAACAUCAAAUGCCCACGUCUGUGUAAGUGUUACACAAAUCACACAGUGAUAUGCACUGGACAUCACAGGCAGUUAUACUACAUUCCUCCUCUACCACUAAACACCACUAGCCUCCUAUUCAACCAGAAUUCGCUACGGAAUCUAGGUGAGGAUGUGUUUAAAAAUUUAUCUCAUUUACACCUAACGCGACUUGUACUGAGGAGAGACAACAUUCAUAGCGUAGACAGACGUGCCUUCGAGUCACUUCCAUUCCUUCAGGGUUUAGAUCUGAGUGAAAACAUAGCACUACGAUCGAUCAAGUUAAAAAAUGUUUUCUAUGGAUUACGAAACAAUGAUUUGCGAGAAUUAUACCUUGACAAAAUGAACGUAUUCAAUUUACAUGCAGAUCAUUUUAAGUAUCUGAACAAAACAAGGUUAAAACUCAUUUCAUUGGAUGAUAAUCAUUUGAAAAUAUUCUUCGGGUUCGGAUUAUCGUUAUUCACAGAGCUGCGAGAAGUUUCUUUAGGAAACAAUAUGAUAACGACAGUCAACCUCAAUAGGACUUUUUAUCAACUUGAAACACUGGUACUAAAGAAAAACAAACUAUCUUCUGUGCCCGAAUUCUGUGAAAGCUAUGAACAUAAAAAAUCAUUUGUUCCAAAUCUUCAAACUCUCGAUAUAAGUUCUAACUUCUUAAAGGCUGUGAAAGGUGGCCAAUUUCGGGUAGAGUGUUUACCGAAACUAAAACGUUUAGUGCUCAGUAACAACGCAAUUAAAACAUUGGGAAGUAAUUUGAUCAGCCACUUGCCUUGCCUUCUGUACCUGUCUAUCGAAAAUCUACACGACCAUUUAACUGUCAUCGAUCUUGCCAUUAACAGUACCACUCUGCGGCAUUUGACUUUGGCCAAUAAUUUCAAUUUCUUUAUGGACAAUAUAGAUUCCCAACUGUUUUGGCACAGUCCGAAUCUUGAGGUGCUGGAUAUGACAAACAUAAAUUUUGCUGUGACGGAUGGUACAAAAGAAAAGAUUUUUAAUCUAUUCAAACCACUGAAAAACUUAAAGACACUUCUGUUGAAUAGAACCUCGCUGUCCGUUUUCCCAAGUCGUUUGUUUUCAGCAAUGUCAUCUUUAACUCGACUCUCUCUUCAGAACUGCAAAUUCAGCCAAACAAACAUGAGUGUGUUUACAACAGCAAGACUGAAGACUCUAAUACUCGACGAUAAUUUGAUUUCUACCAUCAAUGCAACAUCAUUACCACCAUAUGUUGAUAAGAUUGGUUUGCAAAACAACCCUUUCCUUUGCAACUGCGACCUGGUUUGGUUUCGGGACUGGAUCGCGCAAAAUUCUCACAGGCUUCUAGGUUGGCCCAAAGGUUACAUCUGCAAGGUACCGAAGGAGUGGGAAAGACAGCCGCUUUCGAGAUUUAACUUGGAUUAUUCACAUUGUCAUCCUCCUAAUCCUUAUGUUAUAGCUCCCAUUGGUGUAGGCAUAGGUGUUUUGAUAAUCAUGUCUGUGACAGUAAUUCUAUAUCGGAAACGCUGGCACCUUAAAUAUUACUUAUAUCUCCUCAGAGCACAGAGGCGAGGGUAUGAAAGUCUUGGAGGCGAAGAUUUUCUGUACGAUGUCUUCGUGGCGUACAAUUCCAAGGAUCGCAUGUGGAUCAUUUCAGAAAUGAUACCACGACUAGAGAUCAAGGAAAAUAUGAGACUCUGUUUGCAUGAAAGGGAUUUUGAGGCUGGUAAAUUGAUUGUGGACAACAUCACCGAUAACAUUCACAAGAGCCGUAAAAUUCUUAUUGUUUUGUCGAACAAUUUUGUACAGAGUCAUUGGUGUCGAUUUGAAAUCAUGUUGGCACAGUCGUUAAAUGUUGAACGUGAUGCAGUGAUAAUUGUGGUUUUGGAGGAAAUUCUCACGAAAAACAUGACAAAAUCUCUUCAUUUGUUAUUGACGACAACCACUUAUAUUGAGUGGAUUAACGAGGACUCGUCGAAGAAAUUAUUUUGGGACCGGCUUGUCUUAGCAUUUAGAUAAUAAAAACAUUCAUUGAUGGUUUGUUAUCGUUUCCUGAAGGAAAAAUGACAAAAAUAAACCUGUCAAUAAUCUAAAAAACCAACUUUUUACGGAUUUUGUUCAUGAUGCAGAUUUGAUAUUACCUCUUUGUGACGAAGUGAAUAAGGCACAACCUAGAUUUAGACUCAUAUUUAUUGAAUAUAUAAAAUACUGCUUCUUCAAAACGAAUAAAGCAAUGAUUAUGCACAAAUUCUUUCAAUCUGUAAUGUACAUCAUUGUGUCGAUCUGUGUAUUUGUACACGAACACUUUGACAUAUAUCUGUAAUGAUUUGGAAUUCGACGUCUGAGAUGCGCAAAAUUAUAACUUUUCUUCAAACAUAG